AUGCCGCGUCGACAAGAUCGGUCCUCGCCACGCGCUUCGGCGCUGCGUCCGCGCGCGGUCGCCGGUCAAUCAGACGCCGCCGAAAAAACGCUCCGCAGUCCGAACCAAUUGAACGUUCUAUUGUCCAAUCAAACGCCGCCCACGACUUUUGUAGCCACUUGUCGCGCGUUGCGCGCCAUUGACGAGACGGCGCUAUUGGCGACGAUUGACGUCCGGACGUGGAACGUGGCACUGCAGCGACGACCGGAGGCUCAAGACGAACGCGUGGCAGCGGAGCUCUUGGGUUUAAUCGCGAGUUGUAGUCGCGAAACUGCAAGUGUACCCAUCCCGCGUGCUCGUAGACGUGGUCAUGGCUGUGCCAAUAUCAAGAUGUUUGCAGAUGCUCACGAGCUGCUGCUGUAUCAGCAGACGUUGUGGUCGGAGAUUUGCUCUGGUACUACUACUUCUACUACUACAGACGAGACAUUGACGACGGGGUGGAGCGAGCAGAGUAAAGCGCUGAUGCCGCCAUCAGUGUUUGCUAGUGCUGCGUUCGAUCCAGUGCAAGAUUUCCAGCAAGAAGGGUUCCUUGAACUGUUUAAAGCAAGUGUGUACACACAACAGAGUCCGAGGAAUGUGGUGCACGUGUUUUCGGACUAUGUGGAGAGAACGCGCCGUGCAGCAGGAGGCAAGGUGGAGAGAGUGAGGACACGAGUGCUCGAGCGAGGCUUUGGAGAUGCGAUUCACUGCUGUGUAAAUCUUGAUGAAUAUUCGCUGGCGUUGCAUUGUUAUGAAGUGAUGGAAAGCACACGAGAGAGGCUCGUUUGUGCUAAGGACAACUUACCGGUAGACGACGCGAUCGACGAAGGUGCAGAGAGGGUUGGCAUCGUGGAUGAAGUGCUGCCAGCUGAUGAAAAUGUAUACGUCAACGUGUUGAAAGCAUGUACGGAGAUCGAGGAUUUCUCCACGUUUAUAGAUGAGUUCCGCUGA